CGGGCCGGGGUCCCGGGGAGGGGGGGGGGGGGUCUCGCAGUUCGCGCUGUCUCCGCCGCAGCCGCCGCGCCCCUCACCGAUGUCCCAGGCCAGCGCCCACCGGCAGAGCCGCCCGGAGCCCCGCCGAGCAGAGCCGGGACCGCAGCCAGAGGCGGGUGAGACCUCGCACCCAUCACCAAGGCAGACACCUGCGACACCAGCGACAGAGCCCCGGCCGCCUGCCCGGCCUGUGGCAUCCAAGAAGGAGAAGCCCCUGGAAGAUGAUGAAUCCGGAAAAGUCCUAACAAAGGGUCCUCGGGCCGAGCUCAAAGGCGCUCCUGAAGCUGUGACAUGCCAGCCCCAGGUACGAGCAGCCCCGCAGCCCCCCAGCACCCGCCUGCUGCAGAACGGUGCAGGGAAGGGGCCGGAUCCAGGUGGUGCCAACGGGGAGACCGGGAACGGGAUCUUCCGUCCCCUGCCCAGCACCCAGAAGCCUCACCGAAAGCUGCAGUCGCACCACUCCAUCAACAGCCAGAGCAGCAAGAAGAGCAAGGGCAGCUCCAAGUCUGCCUCUUCUCACAUCCCUAUUGAGGCACAAGAAGACUGCUGCGUCCACUGCAUCCUCUCCUGCCUCUUCUGCGAGUUCCUGACCCUGUGCAACAUCGUGCUGGACUGCGCCACGUGCGGCUCCUGCACCUCCGAGGACUCCUGCAUCUGCUGCUGCUGCUGCAACUCGGGCGAGUGCGCCGACUGCGACCUGCCCUGCGACAUGGACUGCGGCAUCAUCGACGCCUGCUGCGAGUCUGCUGACUGCCUGGAGAUCUGCAUGGAGUGCUGCGGGCUCUGCUUCUCCUCCUGAGGUGCUGCACAGGCCGAGGGCGGGGGGGGGACCAGGAGCUGAUCCCUCCCCAGGCUCUCCUUUAGCGGCCAAGGAGGGUCCCAUCGGCU